UUAAUUAACGUUCCUGACUUUUAAUUCUGAAUUUUAGACAAUAUUAAGCAGCACAAAACAUAUAGAAAAGAGUAUCCUAUAUGAUAUAUUUCAUCCCUGGAUGCAUACUGGUCUUCUCACUAGUGGAGGGACCAAGUGGCAUUUACGACGAAAGAUAUUAACUCCCUCAUUUCAUUUCACUAUAUUGAAGCAGUUUACUGAAAUCUUGAUCGAGGAAGCCGAAAACAUGGCCAAAUCAAUGAAAGAUACAGGAGGCACAGUUGUAAAAGAUUUACUACCACUUUUUAGUGAACAUACGCUAAAUGCAAUAUGUGAAACUGCCAUGGGCACUUCUUUAAAAAGUCUCGGUGAGUUUCAACAACAGUAUCGACAAGCAGUUCAUCGGAUGGGCGAACUUUUUGUUUAUAGGUAAUUAUAUGUUGUUUAUAGGUGUAAU